AUUUUCCGUCAGUCAUCGUUCGUACUAAAGAAAAUAGAGAGCUAUCUCUUUGUCAAUAGUGAAUUCAAAAAUUUUGUUCAAUUCUAGUGAAACAAAUUGUUGGAUUUUUAUCAAUAAUGAAUUUUAAGAGUGCAAUUGUCCUCUGCUUGGCGAUUGGAGCAGCGGUGGCUGUCGAUUAUUGUGGAAAAAUGAGAUGCGCCAAAAAACCACAUGUCGCAUGUAAUAGUCCUGCUGCAAAUAAAGGUUGGGGACCUGACUGCUCGUCAGACAAAGCAUUGGUCAAUAUUACACCAGAGCUCCAGCAACGAAUCCUUGAUAUACACAAUAAGCUGCGAAAUCAACAAGCUGCUGGAAAAACACCAAACUAUGGUCCAGGAUCGCGUAUGGGAACACUCGUUUGGGAUGAUGGGCUAGCUGAGAUGGCCGAAUAUAAUGCACGGCUAUGUAAAUAUGGUCACGAUAAAUGCAGAAACACUGAGGAUUGGUAUCCGGCCGGACAAAAUAUCGCAAAGGGAGGUGGCAUGACCGAUGACAAGGAAAUCAUUGAGAAAUUGGUUCCAGCAUGGUUUGAAAUGGAAGCACAAAACGGUGGUCAAUAUGGUUGGAUGAAAAUGAUUGAGAAGUUCCAAGGCAUUGGAACAUCUCACGAUCCCAAAAAAGAAAUUGGUCACUUCACUCAAUUCGUCGGACAAGAUGCAACGGUUGUGGGCUGUGCUGGUUCAAAAUACACUGAUGGCGAAGGACAGCAAGCAAUCUUAGUGUGCAACUAUGGGUUCGGAAAUAUGCAGAAUACGUACAUCUAUGAAGCUGGACCAGCCGCAUCGAAAUGUAAAACCGGAACAAAUCCUGAUUACCCCGCUCUUUGCUCGGUAAAUGAAGAUUACACCGAAGAUUUGAAAAAACGAUCUGCAUGGGACUUCAAACCAACUGUCAAACCCGGAGGUGGAGUCAGCUGGAAUACACCCGGUGGUUGCGAUGAAGAUCCAACAGGAGAAUGCCAGAGAAUGAAUUCAGAUCCGGGAACAUUUUUCAAAGAUUAUUUGAAACCAAAGGGACCAACUGAAACUAAAGUCACAAUCGGACCCAAUGGAGAAGUCAUGUUUGAAUUCCCUGGCGACUGCGACCAAGAUUGUCAAGAGAAAGCACAGCAAGAUUUCAUCGCAUCUCAUCCAGAAUAUGGAAAAUAAUGAUUUUCUUUCGAUCUAUGACAACCCUGAUUUUGAUGACAAUGAGAAAAUUUUGCACAAGCACCCUAUCACACAUUUUUAUAAACAUAAAGCAUUUCCUUUUUCAAUUAGUCGAAAUUUCAUCUAAAACUUGAAAUCGUAUACACCAGCAUGCAAUUCUACACCAAAACCUCUUUUAGAAAAUUCUAGCUAGCCAAAACUAUUUAUCAAGUAGAAACCAUUAAAAAAGUUUCACAUCGACAUUUGGUUUGCUGACCAAAAACACUUAUAUUCGGAAUAAAAUGCAAGAGAAAAAAACCAUUUGGGCGUUUC